CUCGCGGCGGCGGCUGACCGGACUAUCACGCGCACGCGGAUGAAUUGCGGUGGCGAUACUAAGCGCGGGCGGGUGGCGGGACUGACUACGCGUCUCCCACAGGCGGCGGGAAGACGCAGUUCGUAAUUCUGGUUCGGCUGGUUUGUACGUCCCGCGGUCGCUAUGGCUGCUAAUGCGGCGUAUCUGGUCGUCCGCGCUCGCAUAAUUUUCGGACUCGCUCACCAUCGCAGGGAUGUCACCACCGGCGGGAUCACGAGAAUUUGCCGGACGUUCGACGUUGUGCAGCGAUGCCGUCGACACCAUUGCAAACGAUGGUCUAGCUCAAUGUCUACAACGUUUUCGGGUGAUGGAAAUGAAGGAAAACAAAUGUUAAAACCUUCAUAUGACAAGUCAGAAAUCCAUGUCGAGCUUAGACGAGGAUUGCCCACGGUCACAGUUCCUUUGCCGUCCAGGCGCGAACUUUGUCAGUUUACCUUGCGGCCAGUGACGAACACGGUCGGAGACUUGACUAACAUGUUGAAGACCGAGGACCCGGGUGUCGACCGCGUAGUUAUAUCCAGCUCAGAGGGUGUGCGUAUCGCGUCUUCCAAUACAAUUGAAUCGCUCAUGGAAGAUGACUUCCGGUUAACCAUCAAUGACCGAGAGUUCACGGUUAAAGUGCCACCGCACAAGAAGCUUACAAAGGAAGAAAUGGAACGGCUUUCUGGCGUCAGGACUCUAGUCAGUCAGUUGUACGAAUCACUGAACGUCGAAGAACAUCAAUUAAAAAAAGAAAGGGAGCUACUGGCUAAGAUGGAAGACAUAAAAGUCAAACUGGAACCCCUUGAAAAGAAAAGGCAAUCCAUCGACUUGGUAGCGAGUAGACAAACAUCGGUGCUUACAUGGGUUGGUCUGGGACUUAUGUCAGUGCAGUUUGGCAUAUUGGCUCGACUUACUUGGUGGGAAUAUUCGUGGGACAUAAUGGAGCCGGUCACAUACUUCGUCACUUACGGCACCGCCAUGGCCGUAUAUGCUUACUAUGUACUCACCAAACAGGAGUACUUGAUGCCGGACGUUCGCGAUCGCCAGUAUCUGAUCACCGUGCAUAAGAAGGCCAGGAAGUCCGGUCUGGACUUGCACACGUACAACCUGCUCAAGGACAAAAUGGCGGGUGUGCAGACCGAUCUGGCCCGGCUCAAGGACCCGCUUGUCCCGCCGCACAGGGCCCAAGUCCUGUACGACCCGCUGGCCGACUGUAACGCCACGGGAAUGGAACCCACAGGACUCUGGUCCGGACUCCGAGCCCGGGUCAAGUCAUUGAUGGAUGAGACAAAAGGCGGAAGCGGAAAACGGACCACCAAUAACAGCAUUUGAGAACACGCGCAGUAUUAUGCAUAAUAAAUAAUAAUUUUAAUUUUAUGUCUUCUUUUUACGAUAAUUUUUUUUCUGUUUUUUCGUUUUAGACUUAUUCGUUUACGUCGUAUAAAAAUUGGUGCUAAACAUAUAAUGCCGGUUUUAUUCUCGUUGUCGUUUUUCGUCUUUCGUAAAUAUUUCUUAGAUGACUUAAUCUCGACACAGGGUUAGAGUAUUAUAACUUCACGCACACAAAAAAUAUCAUUAUACUUUAUAGGAUAAUAUAGGAGGUAAUAGGUAUAUAGGUAUAUCCGCUCUUUAAAAUACAACAUCUGCAUUCUGCAGUAUAUCUGUACGCUUUUUUUGAGACUUUUUAAUACGUAAAAAUGAAAAAAAAAAUUCUAAACAUGCUAUAUCUGUUUUGUAGGUAUUCGAAUUUUCUUUUUGUAAUAAUAAUUGUCUAUUAUAUAUAUAUAUUUAUUACAUUUUUUAUGUUCUUAUACAUACAUAUAACAUAUUAUCAUAUUAUUAUUGUUAUUAUUGUUAUCGUAUAGAACGAGAAUGAAAAUCUCGUACUACACCACAGUCUUGCUCUCGUGGGUGGAACCAUCUCUCCGUCACACAUACACACACACACACACACAUACACACACAUACACGCACGCGCCUGCGCAUGCAUACAUACAUACAUACAUACAUACAUACAUACAUACAUACACAAAACACACGCGCACUUGUUGAUUGAUUGGAUCAAGAACAAUCAUAACCGUUUUUUUUAAAAACUUUUUUCACUUUGGGUUAGGAUCAGGGUCGUUUUAAUAAAUAUAUAUAUGUUGAUAAAUAAUGUUAUAAUAAUAUAAUAAUUAAUAUUUUAUUAUUAUAUAUAUGUACGCGUCGACGACUGAUCUUAUUGUAUAUUCGUCGUCGCUGGAUUCGGUUAACGGAAGUUGAGUGCUCAUAUAUAUUAAUAUAUAAUAUUAUACAACGGCAAUGAUACAUAAGAAGUAACAUAACAAUCCUUGUUUUAAUGUUGUGAUAACGGAGCCAAUAUUUUAUUAUAAAUUAAUUAAAAGUUGUAUAAUUAUUACUCUUUUUUUUUGAUUCGCCAUAUAUAGCAUUUUAUUUCGAUUAAAGCUCAAUGUAAUUAGUGUUAACUAUUUUUAAAUUUAUCUCUUUCUCUCGCUCUUUAUUAUCUCACUAUUCUUAUAGUAUUAAAACAUAUUAUAUUCGUUAACUUUUAUAAUAAAUUGUCUUUAAUGACUCUCGACGCCAUCAUAAUGUAUAUUAUUUAUAUAAGGUAGAGUGUAGGUACUUAUAAAUACUGUAACUCGUGUUUAGUCGAAUAUUUAUACCUAUAGGUAAUCAACGAACUUUUUUUUAUCAAAGUCGUCGUCGUGCGAUGUUUAGGUCUUAGCAUCAAUCUAUUUUUUUUUUCAAAUCUAUUUCAAAUCUAUUCAUAAACAUGUAUUUUUUUUUAAAUUAUUUAUUUCUAUAUAUUAUACCUAUUGUACGAUUAUUUCUCUUAAAUAAUUAUCGUUUACGUUUAAAUGUAUUAACAAAAUCCUGUAAGUAGGUAUACUAGUAACAUGCGUUGUACAAAACAAUAUUGUUAUUAAUUUUUACUUUAAUAUUGUACUAAUACCUACGUUUGUAUGAUUUGUUUUUAUUUAAUAUUAAGUAUUCCCUAAAAAUCAUUAUUGUUAAGAUUAUUAUACCUGUAAGAAGUUAAUUUAAUCAAAUGUAUGAUGUUUUGUUGUAUUGUAUCGUUUACAUUUUUAAUUUCAAUAUUAUGUACUUUAAGAUAACGUAUUUAUUUUAGUUGGCUUGUUAAUCAAACGCUGAGAGGAUACCAUAAUGUAAACAAUUUUAAUAUAUCAUGUGCCCAUGUCCUAGUUAUUCAUUAUAAAUAGAAACAAUUAAAAAAAAAAUUGAACAAAAAUAUACUCUCGGUAUAUUAUACAACUUUUCAAUCAUUAUAACAAAAAGUAAUAUUGAUUUUCUUUUAAUAGUACCGAUUAUUGUGAAUAAGUAUUGUUGUUUUUUCGGAAAAGUGCAUAUUAUUGUAAAAAAUUGUAUUUUAAAAAAUGUAUUUACUCAUUAUUAAAUAAAAUAAUACCAUUAGAUGGGUACGUACCUAUGUCAUAUAUAUUAGUAGGCAGGUACAUGGUAUCAAAUUUUUUUUUUUUUUAUGUCUACUACUUUUAAAGUUUAUUACAAGACUUGAAUACAAAUUAUUGUAUACAUUAUGCCAAUAAAGUAAGAGUCACGCGUGGACAACCUCUUGGCUCUUAACACUAUUGAAUGUAUAGGCACUUUAUUAUAACGGUAAAAUGUUUUUUUGCGUUUGACGAUGCAUAAUAAUUUAAUUUAAUUUUAAUUGUUAAAUAUAUAUGUUAUGCAAUUACACACCCAACGUCAAAUACAUCGGACGCGUUCCUGAAACAUACUGUAUUCAUGCAUUGUACAAGAUUGAUAAUUAUUGUUUAACAUUUUCGUAUACCUAUACAUACUAACGUAUACCAGCAUUUUCUCGUUUAUCAUUGUUUUUAAUAGCAAAUCCCUUUUUAAUAAUUUAAUGUAUUAAAAAAAAGUUUUAUUGUGUUA